CAGCAAACCGAACCAGUCCCAGCUCGGCUUUGAGCACCGACGGUUGUGCCGCGCUCGCAAUAUCUGUUCCCCAACCAGCAACAACCGAAGCCAGAGAACUAACUUUAUUUGUAUUUGAUUUGAUUUUUUUCAUUCCUGCCCUCCUUCGACCAACAACGCAAAUAAAAUGCGUCGCGCAGACGCUUUUGCUGUCACGGCUUGUGCGAUUUUGGCCCUGCUGCAGAUGAUGGAACCGGUAAAGGCCGAGGGUAAAUACACGAUUGUGGGUCCCGGAACUAUCCACUCGAACCGCGACUACAAUGUGGCCGUGGCUGUUCACCAGACCAAGGAGCCAGUUACCCUGAAGGUGGGCAUCACUGGUCCAUCCUACAACGAAACCCAGACCGUGGAGCUGGCCAACUCGGAGGAGUUUAAGCAGAUCACCUUCAAGCUUCCUCCGCUGGAGUCGGGCGACUACAAUCUCACGGCCGAGGGUGUGAAGGGGCUGGAAUUCAAGAACACCACAAAAUUGAGCUGGGAGGAGUUCAAACCCUACAUCAAAAUCCAGACCGACAAGGGCAAGUACAAGCCGGGCGAUACGAUCAACUACCGUGUGAUCUUCCUCGACGAGAACCUGCUGCCCGACAAGGCUGACGACAAGGUGGUUGUGUGGUUCGAGGACUCCAAGAGGAAUCGCAUCAAGCAGGAGAAGCACAUCAAGCUCACCGGUGGCGUCUACACGGGAAAGUUCGAGCUCUCCGAGUUUGCCACCUUGGGUAGCUGGUCGCUUCAAGUUCAGAACGGAGAACAAAAGUCAUAUGAAGGUUCGGGUGUUCUGAGAGGCAGAUUCAUUCCCUACUGGCGUCAUUCAGAUGAACGGGUUAACUUCGAUGUGGAAAAGUACGUGCUGCCCAAGUACUCGAUCAAAGUGCAGGCCACUGAACAAGUUUCAGUGCGGGAUGGAGAAUUGGACGUCGUCGUUAAGGCCAACUACACUUACGGGAAGCCUGUUAACGGCAAGGUUGUUGUAAAUGUGAAUAUGGCCGAAACGAGCAUUUGGGAGAAUAUCGAUGGCAAGACCGUGCGCAAGGACUUGCCAGGUCACUCGGUGAUCGGCACCGCCAACAUGGAAGGUGGCAAGGCCAAGCUUACCCUGGAUCUCAAGAGUUUCGCCAGUUUUUUGCCGUACAAAACCUCCUCCUCAUAUGCCGAAGUUCUUGCCACAGUCGAAGAGGAUUUCACCGGCGUCAAGCUCAACGGAACGGCCGGUGUUCAACUGUAUCCCUAUCGCUACGAAAUGUCCUGCACGGACUACUCCUCCUGCUUUUCAUUUAAACCCGACAAGGAACACGAUCUUGCCUUCAAAGUCACUCUAGUCGAUGGCACUUUCGUCACGGACACCAAGUCGGUUGUAAAGGUCAAGUUCACUGAAGGAAUUCGACACAAUUAUGGCUUUUAUGGUCAUGGAAUAAAUUUGGAAGAGCCAAAAACGCCCGAGAUUGAGAAUAAAACAUUCGUUUUCGAAAGCCAUUUAAAUGAGUCGAGUAUUGCGAACUUUAAGGUUACUUUGCCCGAUCUUCCGGACAUUGCGAACUUCUCCCGCUACUACAACAUCGAAUUGGAAUUUUUGGACGAGAAGCGAGAUCUCUACACCACUUAUCCCUACAGGGAGCCAAAGAAGGUGGAGAACCCCGACACCGAGGAGGAAAAGGAGUGGUUCAAGGCUGAUGUUAACAGGCCCAAGGAUACCUGGAACCUCAAGAUCGGCGAGGAAUAUCAGGUGACACUCAACUCCAGUCGUCCUUUGAAGUACUUUGUGUACAACAUCGUGGGACGUGGAAAUGUUCUAGAGACGAAACGUGUCGAUUUGCCCGAACCACAAAAAACCGUGAACGUUACCCUGAAGCCCACUUUCCAGCAUUCUCCCAAUGGACGAAUGUACUUCUAUUAUGUCGAUGAGACCGGAGAAUUCCGAUUUGUCGAGGUAAACUUCAGCGUGGAAGUUGAGCUGCAGAACAAGAUCGAAAUCAAGGCCCCCGAGCAGGUGAAACCGGGUGCAGAAGUCGAGCUCGAGAUCAAGACGGAGCCCAAGUCCUUCGUUGGCCUGCUGGCCGUCGAUCAGAGUGUCCUUCUGCUGGGCAACAAUAACGACCUGACCAAGGAUGCCUUCAACUGGCGCCUCAGCCGCUACGACACAUCCACUCCAUGGCAAGGAGGAUACUCCUAUUAUCCCGGAGAGCGAAGUGGCGUGGUAACGAUGACCAAUGCCUAUUUCUUCUACAACCGCACCGCUCCUGUUUCCCAUAUACAAGCAUUUGGUGCUGGUGGAUCCGUCUUCGCGAUGAGAAAAACAUCUGUGCUCCAAGAUGCAGCGGUGCACUCAACAACGGCUCCAAUGUCGGCUGUGGGUGGACAAGCCGUCGGAUUUGCAGCAGAAUCCGCAUCAGCAAAUCCUGUUGUGCGAAAGAACUUCGCGGAGACUUGGAUUUUCGCCGACAUUGAGAGCACAGAGGAGGAGGUCUUCAAGUGGGUGAAGACCAUUCCCGACACGAUCACCAACUGGGUGGUCACCGGCUUCUCGCUGAGUCCUACCAAGGGAUUGGGUGUCACCGAUGACAAGGUGAACAUCAAGACGUUCCAGCCGUUCUUCGUCUCCGUUCGACUGCCCUACUCCGUGAAACGUGGCGAGGUGAUCAAUGUGCCAGCACUGGUCUUCAACUAUUUGAACAAGCGACUGGACGUGGAGUUGACCCUGGACAACGAGGAUGCCGAGUACGACUUCGUGGAUGCCUCCAACGAGGUGAUUGGCGAUCAGAAGCGCACCCAGUCAAUCCGAGUGGGUGCCAAUGAAGCCGCAGGCGCCUCCUUUCUGAUUCGCCCGAAGGUGAUUGGCAACAUUCUACUCAAGUUCACUGCCAUUUCUCCUCUGGCUGGCGACGCCGUGCACAAAUCUCUGAAGGUGAUCCCCGAAGGUACCACCAAGUACCAAAACAGGGCGUUCUUCAUCAAUCUCAAGGAAAAGAAGGAGUUCAAGUCCAACUUUGAGUUGGAAGUACCCGAGAAUGUGGUGCCCGAUUCGGAGCGAGUCGAAUUCGGUGUGGUGGGUGAUCUCCUGGGACCAGUGAUCAAGAACCUGGAGAACCUGCUGCGAUUGCCCAGCGGCUGCGGUGAGCAGACCAUGUCCAAGCUGGUGCCCAACUACCUAGUCAGGGAAUACCUGCAGAGCAUAAAAAAACUUACCCCCGCGUUGGACACUCGCAUCAAAAGGAAUCUGCAGGAGGGCUAUCAGAAUAUGUUGCACUACCGCCACGAAAACGGAAGUUACAGCUCCUUUGGACCCUACAAGUUUAGGCCAGAGGUUCCCGAGCGGGAAGGUUCCACCUGGCUAACGGCCUACGUUCUGCGUUCCUUUAGCAAGAUUAAGGAUAUCGUUGACCUCGAUGAACAGCUCUUGGCCAAGGGCUAUGAAUUCCUUCUAUCUCGCCAGGCAGAAAAUGGCAGCUUCACUGAAACCGGAGAGUACUUUUACGGCUCCCAGAAAAAUCAUCUGACCCUCACGGCAAACGCCUUGCUGGCUCUGCUGGAGGAGGAGAAGCCCAACCAGGCAGCCAUUGACAAGGCCGUGGCCUAUCUGAGUUCCAACACGGCGGAGUCCGAGGAGCUGCUGCCCAAGUCCAUUGCCGUUUAUGCUCUGCAAAAGGCGAAGGCUCCGAGUGCCGCGAAACUUGUGGGCCAACUGAAGUUGCUGGCCAAACAGGAGGAUGAUCGCACUUGGUGGACCGAGGAUUUGGAUAAGAUUCGCUCUAUUGGGUACCCAAAACGUUGGUGGUCUUGGGUCUGGAGCAACGAUGUGGAGAUCACCUCCUAUGCCCUGCUCUCACUCCUGGAAUCCGAUCAGGAGUCGGCAGACUCGGUGCUGAACACAGUUCGUUGGCUGGUGGCCCAGCGCAAUAGCUACGGAGGUUUCGGUUCCAGCCAGGAUACAGUUGUGGGUCUAUCGGCCCUCAUUAAAUUCGCCCAGAAAUCUGGCUACGAGGCGGCUAAAUGUGAAGUGACCGUUUCGAACAAGGGCAAACGCGAAAAGACCGAAAAGCUAAGCACAUCGGAGGAGAACGACCUUCUGCUCCAGACGAUCGAAUUCCCACAGGGCACCAAGUCCCUCGAGUUCGAGGCUAAGGGCACCGGAUCCGCUCUCGUCCAGAUAAGCUAUCAGUACAACGUGGUGGAGAAGGAGCCGAAGCAAAGUUUCAAGAUCGAAACCAUCGUCUUGCCAGAAGUAGCGCCAGCCAAGCUCGAACUCAGCGUUUGUGUGGACUUCAUCGAGGAGGGCAAGGCCAAGGAAUCUAAUAUGGCCAUCUUGGAGGUGUCCCUGCCCUCCGGUUACACCUCCGAUGAGGAAAGCUUCAACGCCAUCAAGGAGAUCGAGCGUGUUCGGUUGGUGGAAACCAAGAACGGAGAUUCCGUGGUGGUUGUCUACUUUGAGAACCUGGCCAAGAGCGAGAAGAAGUGCAUUCCCAUCGAGGCCUUCCGGACACAUUCGGUGGCCAACCAGAAGCCAUCUUCCGUGGUCCUCUACGAUUACUAUGACACGAACAAGAGGGCCACGGAGUACUACUCCAUCGACUCCAAACUCUGCGACAUUUGCGAAGGAGCCGACUGCAAGAGCAAAUGUUAAUAACAUCGAAACCAAAACAAGCGAACAAUAUCAUAUAUUUGACCUAUGUAUAUCAAAUACAAUUUUGUGAUUAUAAUGUA